AUGGCAGAACAAAUCCCAGCCCCAAAACCGUUGAAACUCGAUGGAAAUGCAGCGGAAAAUUGGCGGCGUUGGAAGAAAGCCUUCGAGCUAUACAUGACCGCUACUGAGAAAGACAAAAAGUCGCAGAAAAUACAGUGUGCAACGUUUUUGACCUUGGCUGGCGAAGCAGCGAUUACAGUUUACGAAACACUCACGUUUGAAGAUACAGAAAAAGAUAAAAUCGAGCC